UCUUGACCUGUUUACAUUCCCUUCCUUACCGAAAGCUCCAAAAGAGUAUUCCCUGUCUUUUUUUCCCUUCCUUUAUAGUCUUCUCUACUCUUCUCUUCUUUCUUCCCUUCCUUUAUAGUCUUCUCUUCUCUUCUUUGUUCUUGGAAAGGACGAGGAGAGAACAAGAGAAGGAUUAGAGAAGAAGAGAGAGAAAGAGUACUACUGAUCAUGGAUCUUCCUCGAUUUUCGUGCCCGGAGAACUCGUUCCUCUAUAACUCUACGUUGUGUGGGUGUAACCCAGGGUAUUAUAAGGAGGAGGGGGGCAAAGGGUGUGUGCUGUUUGAGAUGGAGGACGGGGACUGGGCAGUGAGGAUGACAGGGGUGGCGGGAGCGGCGGGUCCGGCGUCGUUCCUGGCGGAUCUGCUGCCGCUGGACGACGUGCGACGGAUGGUGCGGUCGGAGGCGGCGCUGCUCAAGGCCGUAAUUGUCACCGUCGUCUUCUGGCUCGCCUUCUGCGCCGCGGUCCGGCUCGGGCGCGUCGACGGCGGCCGGACCGUCUGGUUCCGGGUACGGUGGCGCAUCAGCCGGCUCGACCUCCGGUUUGCCACCAAACAUCACCUGGAUGAUCAGAUGGUGGUGAGAAAGAGGAAAACAGAGUUGGGUGGGAUGUUCUCUAUAGCAAGUUGGAUAUUCUUCAUUGGCCUUUUAUCUACGUUGCUGUAUCAGGUUAUUGCAAAACGAAGCAUUGAGGUCCGUAGAGUCAGACCAACGAAUGCUCCGGACUUACUAUUGUUUGUUAAUGACAUGGAAUUUAAUAUAACUACGAUAUCUAGCAUGAGUUGUUCACAGUUAAGGGGUCUUGAUACUCUGGUGGUUGGGGCUCCUGGCUUCAUUGGCUACAAAGUUCUGCCUCUGUCAACCUAUGUAAAUUAUUCUUGUUACAACACAAGCAGGGGACCUACUAUUUCACUUAAGUGCAACAGUUGUCAGGUUCCACGACAAGAUCACUACAUUUCAUGGCAGUUCGUUGACCUUCCAAAUGAUCCUGCUGCUGCUGUUGGUUUUCAUUUCAACUUCUCUGCAAAGAGCCAUGGUGAUGAUAAACAUGCGAGCUUUGUCAGUGGCACACUGAAAUAUGCAAGCUACUCAAACGAUACACCAGUAACUUUUCGAGGCCGGGAUCUUAAUAUAUUGAAAAUCCAUUUGUUUCUGGAAAAAUUUAUUUAUCUACAUGAUUUGAGGCUCAUUCUGCCCCUCUUUCAUGACUUUCUUCCUGGUUCAUCUUCUUCUGAAGCUAGUGACCUCCAAGCUUCUCUUCAAAGUUCCAAGGAUGGGUUAGUAAAUACUACAUUGUAUAUCAGCUAUCUUUCUGAUUACAUUGUGGAGAUUGACAAAGAAAAUGUGCUGGGGAUUGUGGGCUUCCUCGCGGAUGUUGGUGGCCUUUACGUGAUUAGUCUUGCAAUUUUCCUAUAUUUCUUGCUUCAAUGUGAGUCCAGAAUCAAGAAGCUGCAAAAUGAGGAUAGUGUCAUGCGAGAUGUCAGGUGCAAGAGACGUGCUCAGAAACAUUGGAAUAAGUUAAGGAAAUAUGUCAUGUACACUUGGGGCCAUAGUAACUUGAAUAUGAGAAGCGGCAGUAGCACACAGCAUGGCAGUUCAAUGAUAGAUUCUUUUCGUGGAAUUGGUUCUCCCCACAGAAAAAAACAAACAAGUGGAAGGGAUUCUGCAUAUCUUGACAAAAUGGGGAAUAUCCCUGAUGAGAUGAAUAUUCUUCCAGAGUCUGUUUUCACCGGUCGUAAUAAGUCAAGGUUAGCUAGCCGGUCAGUGAAGUUUGAUGAGAUACUCCCUUGUUCAGAGGGUGAACAUGAAAUGGUUGGCAUUAAGGAGGAUGAGAAAAAACAACAGUCAACUUCCCUUUGCAUGGGAAACCAGCCUGAAUUAAAUCUUCACAAGGAUAAGAAACUGUCAUAUUCUUGUCCUGAAUUUAUCACUACCAAUGAAAUCAGUGAAAUUUCAAAUUCUUCAUGAAGCCAUACAAUUCACAUUAUUCUUGUGUUCAAAUGAUUUAUUCCCAGUCGCAGCAAAGUGCUACACUCCAACAUACUUGUCCAUUGCUUGCAGAAUUAUGCUGAAGAGACAGCUGCCACUGACAGAUUAUGCUGCUACUUUUUUGUGUUCCCAGGGGGUACAACAUUCAGUGCCUGUGAAGUUUUCCGGUGUUACUUUUCUUUUAUAGGGCAAACUUGAAGACAAAAAGUGCCUCCUUUCUGCUUUUCAAUUAAGGAACUGUUUUGGCAAGCCAAAAGCAAUGCUCUCUCCUCUGAAGAAGAUAGCGAGAUAAAAGCUGUUUCAAUGAUUGAAAGACUGGCAAAAUGCACACGAAACACAAGUCAAGCUAGGGGGUUCGAAGAGUACCACUGGCUUGAGAAAACGGUUGGCAGGCAUUAUCAGUUUUUGUUUGAUUUAGAUGUAUAUAAUGGAGCUGAGAUAUUUCAUUUAUAUGCGAGGCAUUGUAAAUUAUCCAUGUAUAUCAUGUACAGAAACUGUUUUGAAUGUUACUAGAUUAUUUAAUUUAUCGCGAGUAUCAAUGGGUUCACCUGUA